AUGAGUUCCUGGACAAGCCGUGAUGCCGUAUUGCCCUUACAGUGCCUGCUACCCAUGGCAAACGGCGUGGAGCUCAUGGAAAAUGAUUUCUCCACCAAUCAUCGGCUGCGUAGCUAUUGCCUCUCCGAAAGGAAUUUGGAGGCUCAGCUUAGCGACAAGCGCUGCGACAACUUUGUGCUCAUCGCAGCGUCUGCUGAUGUCUCGCUCGCCUGUACUAUAUCGCAGCUUGUGCCCAAAGCUGCGCCAGGUUCCGUCACGCGCGGUUAUGGCGAAUGGCAGAGUGUGAAGGCAAAACGUGAAUGUUUCGCCGCUGCAAUGCUGUUUCACAAUG